AUGAAUUUUAGGAAAAGUCGAUUAAAGUAAUCCCCAUUUACUGCAUCCAAAUUCUCUUAAUCGUAUUUUCAACCACUGGUUCCUAAUUAAAAGACCAAAACUAAAAAAUAAAGAUUAUAAGAUUCAAUUGAAGGUUUCGUUUAAAUAUAUGAACAAUAUCUUAAAAUGCUUUUUGGACAAGAAAUAACUUUUUAAGAUGAGAGACAAACCAACCAAAGGGUGUAAUUAUUCUAAUAAGAUGAAGAUGCCUAUGAAGAAUUUGAUUUACCAGAGACAGUAAUAAGCCUCAUAAACCCAGACAUAAUACCUGAUGACUUUGAAUAUCCUCUUAAAUAGGUAGAAUACUUUGAACAAAUUGUCAAGUCUUUAAUAAUUGAUGAAAAAUCUAUACAUGACAAAUUGUUCUUAAAAGCUAUUGAAAAUGUUUUCGCUAAUUUAUCAGAUCGCAAAUUCUACUCUUUAUUUGAACUAAGAACCAGAGGUGUAGAAACAUAACCUAAUUAGAAUAGAAAUACCCUCAUUGGUUGCGGGACAGGUUAAUAAUUAUUUCAAAGAUCUCCAGAUCGAUCUCCCAGAUCUAUCAUUUUGGAUGAUAAUCAUAAUUAGGAAAAUAAGACAGAAGUUUUCCCAAUUUAUGAGAAGGCUGAUUCUGUCAAUAAGUUAGUUAGAAAAUUUCGAAAUUUUCUCAAAGAUCAUGCCAGCAAAAAUUAAGGGUUAGCCAAUAUUAUUGAUUUGGUAUAGGUUGAUCUUUAAGGCUUGUUUUAUAUUUCUAAAAAGGCCUACAGUUAGGGUGAAUACCUAAAAACCCAAGGAAAAGUUUGGUACAGAACGAAUAAUGAUACAUAAGAUCUUUUAACCUUGACACGGAAUAUUCUUAUAGUUUAAUUUUCAAGAAAGGGAUACAACGUUAAACCUGUUUUGUCAAAGGAUGGUUCAAAAAUUUACCUUCUGUUGUAUAUUCCAGAAAAAUCCUUAGAAGUGGCAGCAGAAAAUUUUGGUUUGUAAAAAAAAUUAAGCUUUUGCUUCACUGAUUUACUUUCCUUGGAACCAGUGGAUAGCGAGUUUAGACCUCUGAGAUUAAAUGGCAGAUUAUGGAGACCUGAUGAAUAUAAUCUCUCACCUUAUUUGAUAUAUUUAAGACCAUUGAUUAUUGAUUAGAUUUAGAGAAUUAAUUUCAAAAAGUUAGCAAGAGAAGCCGGACAAAGUGGAUUAAAUACAGAAUUAUUUGAGUAUGAAAAAUCAGAAAUUUAUGGAGAUGAAUAAGGCCCUUCAGAUGAAGAGUGGACUGCUUUUUAUAAAUAUCUAGUGCAUCUAAAUAAUAAUGUUUAAAUUCAGAGACAAAAGUUUUAAAUAAAUAAUGAUAUUGCUUUAGUAAUAAAUGAGCAAAAAACCGCUGAAUAAAUCUAUGCAAUUAGAAAUCAUUAAAAAUUUAAAUAAUUUAUUUAAUCUAACCCAGAGGAAUAAGAAAAAAUCCAAAAAAUCUAUGAUUAAAUAAGGGAACUUUCAUCUCAAUACAAAGCUUUACCAAUAUUUUCUAAGAUUCCAAAAAUUAAAAAAAUUAAGCUGCUUCUGUAGUAAUAGCUAGCUCACAAUUAUUUAAAUAUAUUUAAAGAAGCAUUAAAAGUAGCGAAUACCCCAAAACAAUAUUUGAAAUCUAUAUGGGAUAGGAACAAUUAUACUCCAUUUGAGCUUUUUAUUCCUUUCAAAGUUCAUUUUAAUAAUUCAUCAUUAAAGCAAUAGGCAAAAUUUCAAAUAAAAUGGUGUAGGUAUAUUAAAAAUGAGAAAAAUUAAAUAACUUUGUUUCCUUCUCAUGAACGAUUAAAACUAUCAUAGUCACUUAUAAGUUCUUCUUUAAAUUUAAAUACUUUGAUAAAUUUGAAGCUAGUUAACAGUUUAUUUUGUUUACACGAUCAUUAUGAAUUAUUCGGCCAUUGUAACAGUCUCUAAGAGGCUUUAAGCGAAGAUAAAGAUUGUUAUAAGAAAAAGCCAUUUGAUCUUGCUGGAGAAUGGAUUUUCAAUUUUAGAACCCCUUGGAAUUUGCCUAUUGAAUAAAUUUGUUCUUAUUUUGGAGAAAAAAUAGGUCUUUAUUUCGAGUUCUCAGCUUAUUAUAUUAAAUAUUAUGGGUUAUUAUCCCUUAUUGGGAUAAUCUAUACCAUAUUUACAUAUUUAUCAAAAUUUUAUGAUGAAGAUGUAUUUACAGGAAUUGUAUCUUCUUUUUCAAUUUUAUUAAUUCAUUGGAGCUCAUUUGUAACUGAUUAUUGGAAUCAAAUGCAGUUAACAUUUAAUAUCAAAUAUGGAUAAAAUAAAAAUGCAAAAGAAAGCUUUACCCGAACAGCUUUCAAAGGUAAGCACAUAAGAUCAGUUGGAAAUGAUCAAUUAAAUUCUUAGGAGGCUAUUCAUUCUGAGAUUAUUAAAAGAAUAAUUAUUUCAGUCUCUGUUUUAAUAUUUUUGAUUGGUUCAGACAUAGGAAUUAUUAUUGGUCUUUACUUUUUUAAUCUUUUUUUGAAAACUAUAUUAGAUCAAGCAGGCAAUGAAUUUUAAUGUUUGGAAGUAAUAAUUUCAGGGUCCUUGAAUUAUGGAAUUUAAUAUUUAAUAGAUUCAUAUUACGAAUAAAUAGCCACAAUUCUGACAGAUUUUGAAAAUUAUCAAACCUCUCUACAAUAUGAAACCAGCUAUAUCAUGAAAAAGUACACUUUAUAUUGGUUUUCUUAAUUGUUUCCAUUGAUGAUAGUGUGUUUUCUUCACAGUCCAUUAAGUUUAUAUUGUUAAGAGGAGAAUUGCAAAUAAUAGGUUUAAUACUUGUUCGGAACAACUAUUUGUUGGAUAUUUUGUGCUUAAGUGAUAAAAUUUGUUAAAUUAUUCUUUUAAGAAAAAAAAAAUUAUGAAUCUAACAAACAAUAAUCUUUAAAUCUAAGUUUAAUUUAAUUCAUUUAAGAGCAGGAAUAAAAAACUCCUUUUUAGAAUAGUUAAGAAAAAUACGGUAUUAUAAAUGAAUAUAUGGAAUUCUUUUUGCUUUUGGCGCUUAUUAAUUUAUUCGGAUGUUUGUUUCCAUUUAGCAUAGCGCUGUUUUGGAUUUGGAUAAUUAUUUAAUUUCAGAUUUAAAAGUAUAGAUUAUUAUAUCAAAUUCAAAGACCGUGGCCUAAAGGAGAUGGUUCACUUGGAAUUUGGUAGGAAAUUAAUUAAUUAAUAAAUUUUGUUACCCUUUUAUGCAAUUCAGGAUUAAUUUGUAUUUACUAUUAUGGUAAAUUGCAAGAUUAAGUAGUAUUGCUGUUUUUGCCUUUAUUAUUUUAUAACUUUUUUGUGAAAUAUAUAACAAUGUCACUUUUUGGAGGGACUCCUACAAUUUUAGAAUAAAUAAUGAGAAGAUGCCAUUAUUUGUUUAAAAAUAAUGUAUAAAUUACAACUAGUUUAAGCAGGGCGUUAGAAGAAAAUAAUAGAAAUUAAUUGUAACGUUGCCCGUUAUAUAAAAUUUUUGGUUCCAUCGGAACAUAGAGUUCAGAUAAUUUCGAAACCAUUAGCUCAGAUAAUGAAAUUACAGAUUAUUAAUUAAAAAACAGUGAAGCCAUUUCAAAAAAGAUUCUAAAAGAAGAGGAUGAACUUUAAUAAAAGUUAAAUGAGUUAACGUAAAAAAGUGAAGCUCAAAAUCAACUUUAUACUCCUAAUAAUACUUAAAGAAAAAUACAAACGGAAGUUUCUGAAUAAAUAAGUAGGACAAUUUUUUCUUGCUAUAAGGAGAAUAUGAACAGACAAGAAACAUAUAUAAAAAAAAAAUAUUAAUUUAAAAUUAAAGAAUUAAUUAAGAAAAUAAACUAAGUGGAAUAACUAGAUUAUAAAUUUUUUUUAAAUUAUUUCUCUAAAAGAACUACAAAUUAUGCUUUUUAAAUAUAGUAUAGCAAUGUUUCAGAAAAACAAUUAAAAGGAGAUAGAACCAGAAUUUGGAGAUUUUUUUUUCGUUUGAUCUUAUUAUCCUCAUACAAGUUAAUUUGGAGUGAUUACAGAUUUUUUCUUUGCUAAUCUUACAUUUAAAGAAAAAAAAAAAUAUUUUAAAAUUUAGAUUACAAAAGAUUUAAAAUAUUAAGCUAAAGCUUUAAUAGUUAACUUGAAUUUUAUAAGAAUAAAGCAACUUUGAAGUUUAGAAGGCAAUUAAAAUAGUUUGGAAAGUCAUUAACCCCAGAAGAAGAAAAGGAGUAUGAAGAAAUACUGAUAAAAUAUCGUAAUUAUGUUGAAAAGAAAUCUUGGUUGAGUUGCAGAAAGGUUCAGAUCUUUAGAUAUAAAGGAUUAUUCUUUAGAGGAUUUCGAAAAUAAAUUAUUAAAAAACCCUCAAUCAAAUUUGCUUUAGAGUAUUAUGAAGCCAUGAAAAAAUUAGAAGAAGUUAAAUUUGAAUCAGAUAUUCAUAAACGAUUUACUACAUUAGUCCACUAUUCAUCAAUUAAUUAAUACACUUUAAAUUCAUUUCUAGAAUUGUUUGUAAUGUUGGAAUAUGAGUAAAAGAGGAUAUUUGAAUUCCCUUCUAUUAAUGGCACAAUAAAGCAAAAAUAUUAUUAUCUGCAGCCUUUAAAAUCUGAAAUUUACAAAAAUGUUAUUGAUAAAUCAAAAGAUACAUAUAUAUUUGAAUAAUAUUCAACAAAAUUAGAGGAAUAUAUUCUUUAAUACUGCAUAGAUGAAUGGAACUAAAUUCCAAAAAUUUAAUUAAAGAAACAUCUACAUGAUAUUCUUUGGAUUGUCUAAAUUGAAGAUGAAGAAUAUUUGAUGUAGUUUUUUUAGGUACGGCAUGGUUAAAAAUUAACUUUUUAAUAAUUUCAUGAUGAUAACUUAGGCGUAUUUUUAGCUGAGAGCAAGAAUUAUAUAAAAUUACUUAAUAUUCUAGAUUAAAUCGAUGACUUUUUCAUAAAAGGAUAUUGCGUUUCAUUAUAUUAGGCUAAAGAUUGUAAAAGCCUCUUUUAAGUUUUACAAUUUAGAAAGAAAUACUCACUCUAAUACACUAAUGAGGAACUUCAAUAAUUCCUUUUUGCAAACAUUACUUUGAUGAUGAAGAAAUAAAUAUAAAAUGUUUCAAUUUAUAAUUACAUUUUGAUUAAAAACUAAUAUAUGAUCUUGAACUCAAUCAAAGAAAAAAAAAAUUAAGUUUUAUCUUUAGUUUAGAUGGUGAUUGAGAUGAUUCUUCUUAAGCCUAUUGAAAAUUUGUAAGAGGAGAUUGGGUAGUUAGAUCAUCCGCUACGAUAUUUUCUUUUGGAAAUAUUAUAAAAUGAAUAAAAUCCUUAACUAAUUUUUGAAUAAAUUACUAUUUAAAAACAAUUUAUUGAAAUUGAUUUUUAAUUGGCUCCAACAUCUAAAGAACAUUCUUAUUCAUUAUAUAUGGAAAAUAUGAAGCAUUAAAUUAAUUUUCAUCUAAGAAUGAAAUAAUUUCAUAGAGUGAUAGUUCUAAUUAAUGAAGUUGAAACUUUUAUAAAAACACAUCAUUACAACAUAUCUUCUGAUUUGUUAACACAUUUUAUAAACUAAUUUUCCAAAAAUUUAAAUAGUUACAUUUUAAAAUCAAAUGAAAUUAAAAGAAUACUAGACAUUUUGUUAAUAUAUUAUUUUAAAAUUUCUGCUUUGUUUGCUUUAAAAAAAGAUUUUUAACCUGAAAUUUUAAAGUUAAUUGAAGGUUUAAAAAAAAGUAGUGCUUAGAUAAGAAUCAUGUUUCGAUAAUUAAGCUUAAAUGUAAAGCUUGAAAAUUUAUCCGAAAUAGAAUAACAUAUCAUUUUAAAGAGAAGAAUAAAACAAAAAAAUGAUGGACAAUCAUCGAUUAGCUCCUUUGAAAGAUUAAAUUUAAUAAAUACUUUGAGAAAGAAUCAAGAUUAUAUCCUAAUAUUAAUAUAAUAUCAAACAUAAUUGCAAAGGUAUUUAAAUCAAUUCCAAGCUAUAUAGGCUAUUUAAUAAUAUUUCAACAAAAACUUUCUUCUUGCUGGUAUUCAUUUCUCAGAUAUCAUAUAAAAUUAAGAACUUCUAAUCUCUCGUGACCCAACUCCAAACCUUUUAGAUAUUCCUCUUGAUCACAGUCCUGGUUUAAUUAAUCUUGAACAGUCAUCCCCAAUUGAUGAUGAUCAUUUUAUAAGUGAAGAUCUUGAUACCAAGAUUGAAGUAUUGACGGAAGGAGAUAAAUUAUAUCUGACCUAGCUGAUCUAUUUUAAGUUCUUAUAGAUGAUUAAUUUAUAUGACAGUAAAAAUGAACGCUUUCAGGAUUAUUAUAAAGAAUUUUAAUAAGUAGAGGGUGUGUAUGAAUCAAUUUAUACAUUUUAUUUAAAUCAAUUACGACUAUUAAAUUAAGAGAAGAUCUCUAAAAAUGAGUAACAAUAGGAAAUGAAAUGUGAUGUUGGCAAAUAUUUAGUAAUUAUGCAAUUAAGAUGGAAUGAUAUUGGAAGAAAAAAAUAGCUCUAACUAAUUUAAACUGAUGAUGAGGACUUUAUUAAAUUUUAAAUUAUGAUGUUUUCAAAUUUAAAAAUUACUUUAGAAAAUAGAUUAAUAAUUUAAAAUGAAAUUGAUAAUGUGAAUUACAAAAAUGUUGAUACAUAUUUCUGCAUAUACUAAAUCAGACUUAUUUAAUAAAUGUUUCAUCUUGAUAACCUCCAACCUGUUACUCAUACUUUACCCAAACACAGUUCUUACAAACAUUUUAGGUAAACUAAAAAGUAAACCUAAAUUGAAUUACUAAAAGAGUUUCAUAUGAGCCUUCAAAUAAAAGAUGAACACUGGUUUUAUCAUCCAGGUUUAGAGGAGCUCUAAGUAUUUUAUUAUCUAUCAAUUUGUUUUUCAUUUUCUCCCAAGCACAUUGAAAAUUUUCAUACACAAGAUAAUUCAUUAUUUGAUAAGGCAAAACUUGGAAUUAAAUAAUUUGAACCAAAUCCAAAAUUUUAUUGCUAAGCCUUAAAAUUUGCUUAGAUUAACAAUGAAUGUGUAGAUAAUUUAGUGUUUGAUGCGUCUUUGGUUGUUUUGUUAGUUUUUAAAUUAAACUCAUAUGAAUAAAUUUAGGAAAACCUAAAUGAAGAUUGUUAUUCUUCGAUCUUAGUACUUGGUUUGUUGCAUUCAUUUCUAUACAUUCAACAAUACGAUGUUGUUGAUUUAAUGUAUUAGUUGAUAUAAAGAUUGCUUUAAUCUCAGGCAUUUAUUUUUCAUAAAAUUCAUUAAGGAUUUGAAGAAGAUAUGAUGAUUGUAGAAUGCAUCUUCAAAGAUACUAGUAAUUAUCUGCCUGCUCCCUCUAAAUAUCUUUUUGAGUAUACAAAUACCUUUUUGUAUUUUGAGGAUGUCAAAUUUAAUUCUUAGUAUUUAUUGUUUAACCUUAUGAUGAAUUAAGAUUAUUUAUUAAUCUAAGAAAUUAUAAAAGAAAGUAUUUUGUAAUUGAAAAAAUAGCCUUAAUUAAUUCGCAUCAUGCAUUUGUUUGAAUCAUUGUUGGAUGCAGUAAACGCAAUGAUCGGAUAUGAAGAACCAAAAUAAUAAUAUAUCUUUAGAUUAAAUGAUUAUGCUGAAGGUACUUUAAUGCACGCUCUCCUAGCUCAUUUGUAAUGUAAAUAUUACAUGAAUUUGAUUGAUUACGAAAAUGCUUUAAAAUAUUCUGAGAUAAUACUUCAGUAUAUCAACACAUAUAUGAAAUAAGAAAAAACAAUAGUGUCUUUGUUUAACAAUUAACUAGUAUAUAUUAUUUAAUCUUAGAUUUCAGAAUAUAAGACAAUCUCUUAACUUGAUGAAUUGAAGAUAACGGAUUACGAGUUUCUUUGUGAUGAAACGAUGGAUUAAGAUUAUAUUCAUCUAUUUAAUAAAGAUCUAAUAAAUGAGGCAAUCCUUAAUCAUUUAAGGAUAAUAAUAAAUAUUGAAUAGAAUUUGCCAAACAUUAAUUUUCUUUUCUCUUUGCAAUUAUAACUAGAAAAUAAAAAUCAUACAAGUUAUUUAUAAAUGAUUUAUGCUAUGUACUUUAACUUUCUUUAGAAUAAUCACAAUUCAUAGCCUCAAUCACUGUUAACAGAUUAAUCAAAUUAAAUAGAGAAAAUAAAAUAUAGAAUUAAGAAUGAGGAAACAAAAUAACAAGUAUAUUUUUCUUUGAAAAUGAAUCUGUUAUCAGAUAUAACAGUAAUUGAUCAAAAAUUAAAAGUGCUCGAUUUUUAAUUAGGUAUUUUAUAGGGAACAAAAAAUGGGCUUAGUUAAAAGUUAAUUAUAACUUGGACUAUUUUGUGUGCUUAGAAUACUAUAGAUGGAUAUUCUAAAGUAAUAUCAAUAAAUAGUAAUAUUUUACAUCCAUAUGUUUCAAUCAUGUAUUUAAUAUAAUGUGAGUCUUACCAAAAAUUAAACCAAAUUUUGAAAGCUUAAACAAUGCUUGAUUUAGCAGAAAUUGGCUUGAAAGGCUGGUUUGAUACUAAUAAACAUCCUUUGAAAGGAUUAUUUUUUUUUUAUUAAGGAAGCUAGGAUAGGUGGCUUUAUAAUCAAUUUUUAAUAUGUGUCCAAGAAAUUCUUUGUUUAAGAGAGUUUGAUAAAUUUGAAAUUGUCUUAAUAGUUUAAGGGUUAAUUUAUAAGGAGAAAUAACUUCUAAAGGCCUUUGAUUAUUAUCAUUCUAAUUUAUUAAAAAAUAUCACUGCUUAUUUGGCAAACUAUGUUUUCUCAUAGAUUGGUAAACAUUAAAAAUAACAGAUUGAAAAAAAGUUCAAACCUGAAGAUGCAUAAUUCAUUUUAGAUGAUCUAAUUGAAUCAAGUUCGAUUAAAUCCUUAAAUGGCGUUACACACUAUUUAGAUGCACUAGCAAUAUUUAAUGCAUUUGAAACAGAACACAAAUGUAUUGAUAUUAUAAGGAAAGCAAUUAUGGAAGAUUAAUGAACCUCAAAGAAGAAUGAAAAUAUUACAUUUAACUUUAUUAACUAUAAAGAAAUUACUUUA